AUGUCUGCUCUUUCGUCCAGCGCUGCCGUGCACAACGGUACCAUCUACCCGUCCACCACCACCACCACCACCACUGCCACUACCACGGAGACCUUUACCACCACCUACACUCAUUGUGCCAAGGCUGCUGAUGCCACCACUAGUUGGGAUGCCACCUACACCAUCAUUGAGGUCGUCUGCGGCGAUUCGGGUAGCUGGACCAAGCCCACCACCCCUCCCAACUUUGUCGAGACCGUUGUUAUCUGCAAUGAGACUCCCGUGACCAUCACCUGCCCCGUGGAGACCAGCAAGCAGACCGGCAGCGUCUCCAUCUGCGGCAACGGUGUGACCGCCACGGCCGCGGCCGAAGCCCACGCCACUGCCAACGCCAACGCGGGCGGCAACGGCGGCUCGUCCGCCUCGGCCAACGCCAAUGCCAAUGCCAACGCCAACGCGGGCGGUAGCGGUGGCUCUGCUUCUGCCGAUGCCCACGCUGAGGCCAAUGCCAACGCGAAUGCUGGCGGCAACGGUGGCUCUUCGGCCAGUGCGUCGGCCAACGCCAAUGCCAACGCGAACGCUGGCGGCAAUGGCGGCUCGUCGAGCAGCGCUUCUGCCAACGCCAACGCCAAUGCCAACGCAAACGCUGGCGGCAAUGGCAGCUCGUCGAGCAGCGCCUCGGCCAACGCCAAUGCCAAUGCCAAUGCUGGCGGCAAGGGCGGCCAUGGCGGCUCGUCGAGCAGCGCCUCUGCCAACGCCAACGCCAAUGCGAACGCGAACGCUGGCGGCAAAGGUGGCAACGGCGGCUCGUCGUCAUCGUCGGCCAAUGCUAACGCCAACUCCAACGGCAACUCCGGCACCACCGUCUGCAUCAACGGCAAGUGCUCCAGCACCUGGCACAACGGCACCAACACUGGUUCGGGUGGGCGCGCUUCGGCCAGCGCUUCGGCUCAUGCUACCGCGGUCGUGACGGCUGGCUCGGCCACGCUCAAGAACUCCCUGACCCUGGCGGGCGCUGCCUUCCUGCUGGUCGGCCCCUUCCUUCUGUAA